UGACUUAGGUCUAGACGGAGAGUUCUUCUCACCAACAUAAAUAGCAAUGGCUUCUUCAUUGUUUUCCUCCCUCACCUCUCUCAACUCCAUCAGCACUUUCAACAGCACUCUGGUCCUCCAAGCUGUUCAACCCAUUAUGCAUACAUUCGCUCCCCUCCUUUUGGUUGGCAGUCUUGCCCUCCAAACUAUUUAUGCCUUGCCUGGCCCCAGUAAAGUUGAGCAACGCGCCGAAAUCCUAAAACGCUCGGUGGAUUCUUUCAUUGCCACCGAAAGUCCUAUUGCUUUCAGAAAUCUUUUAUGUAAUAUCGGCUCAGAUGGAGCUUGUGCUUCAGGGGCAGCUUCGGGGAUUGUGAUUGCUUCGCCUGACAAAGUGAAUCCAGAUUAUUUUUAUACUUGGACUCGAGACUCCGCAUUGGUCUUCAAAGCCCUCGUUGAUACAUUUAUCAGUAGCAGUUAUUCUGCAUCACUUCAACAAGAGAUUGAAAAUUAUAUCAGCUCCCAAGCUGGUCUCCAAACCGUAUCAAACCCUUCAGGAGGAUUAUCAUCCGGUGGUCUGGGCGAGCCCAAGUUCAACGCGGACAAAUCGGCAUUCACAGGGUCUUGGGGAAGACCUCAACGAGAUGGACCCGCUUUACGUGCUACUGCUAUGAUUACCUAUUCAAAAUGGUUGAUUGCCAAUGGAUAUACCUCCACUGUGCAAAACAUUGUUUGGCCAAUUAUCAGAAAUGAUCUGUCUUAUGUUACUCAAUAUUGGAACCAAACUGGCUUCGAUCUCUGGGAAGAAGUUCAAGGAUCAAGUUUCUUCACUGUCGCUGCUCAACAUCGUGCCCUUGUUGAAGGUAGUGCAUUGGCCGCCCAAAUUGGUCAAAGCUGUACCUAUUGUGAUUCUCAAGCCCCACAAGUUCUUUGCUUCCUCCAAAGCUUUUGGAGUUCAUCUUCGGGAUACAUCAUUUCCAACAUCAACCAAAACAGCGGAAGAAACGGAAAGGAUGCAAAUAGUAUCUUGAGUUCUAUUCAGACUUUUGAUCCUACUGCUGCAUGUGAUGCCACCACAUUUCAACCAUGCUCAGACCGUGCUUUAUCAAAUCACAAAGUCGUGACUGAUUCUUUCAGAUCUAUCUACAGCAUUAAUUCUGGAAUUGCCGAAGGUGUUGCCGUUUCUGUUGGACGUUACCCAGAAGAUUCUUACUAUGGUGGCAAUCCCUGGUAUCUCAAUACUCUUGCGGCUGCCGAACAACUAUAUGAUGCAUUGUACACGUGGAAUAGAAUUGGCUCCAUCACAGUAACUGCUACUUCCCUCGCAUUCUUCAAGGAUUUCAGCUCUUCCAUCACAGCCGGAACAUACGCAUCCUCCACAUCAACCUACACCACUCUCUACAACGCCAUCAAGACCUACGCUGAUGGCUACGUCAACAUCGUCGCAACCCACGCGCAAGCAAACGGGUCCCUCUCAGAACAAUUCAACAAAGCCGGCGGCGCCCCUCUUUCAGCUUACGACCUCACCUGGUCCUACGCAGCCUUCCUCACCGCCGCCGCCCGUCGCGCAGGCGUCGUCCCAUACUCAUGGGGUGAACCAUCCGCCUCCAGCGUCCCAGGAACUUGCUCUGCUACCUCGGCCAUCGGAACCUAUUCCACUGCAACUGCCACUUCUUGGCCCGCAUCGCAAACCCCCAACGGCGGAGGAAGUACUCCCACAACCAGUACAUCCGCCACCACCAAGACAACUUCCACCUCGACCACCACUUCUUCAUGCGCAACAGCCACUUCGGUAGCUGUCACUUUCAAUGAAUUGGUCACUACCUCCUUUGGCCAAACGAUUAAAAUCUCAGGUUCCAUCUCCCAAUUGGGAACUUGGACACCGGCUUCAGCGAUUGCGUUGAGCGCCGCAAAGUAUACGGCUAGCAAUCCGCUGUGGACCGUAACGGUCAAUCUACCAGCCGGCACGACGGUGUCGUACAAGUUCAUCAAUGUGGCGAGUGAUGGGACAGUUACUUGGGAGGCGGAUCCAAAUAGGAGUUAUACGGUUCCGAAAGGUUGUGCUACGACUGCUACUGUUAGUGGGAGCUGGCAGGCGUGAGAGGAUCUCUCAGAUUCCGUAAAGAGAUGAUAGGGAGAUGGUGGUAGUGGGAAAGUUUGAGACAAUGAGAUCCAGGAGUGGAGCUUUAUGAUUGUAUGAAUUAAUUGGUUAUGGUACAUGAAAUUGAUCAGUAUCAUUGCAUCAUUGCAGUCUUAUCGAACCCUAACAGCGUGUGUACAUGCAUGUGUGUGCGCGUGUGUUU